CCCCCCCCCCCCCAUGCUGUUUCCAAAGUUUGAAUUUGUUUUUCCAGAGAACUUGAAUGUGUUUUCCACUAACCUGACAUUAACCGAGAAGACUAAAAGCAUGGACUGUGAUUUCAUUCAUCAUACAGUGUGAUAUAAAUCUUAGAGCUAGUGUCAGUGUGAUCAUGUGUAAUAGAUGGCUAUGUACAUAACAUAUUGCUGUCAUUACUUUACAAUAAUGAUACAAGAAUGUUUUUCAUGGAGGUUUAUUCAUCACAUGCAAUGCCGAGACAUCAACAAAGUCACGUGUUUUACUGUCCUUGUAAUAAAUGAAUACAUUCAUUGUUAAUAAAUGAUCAACUCCUCCAGAGCCCUGUUUCUGUACAUUGCUGACCCCUACUGCUCUAUUAGCUGGUGUGCAUCCAUACUGUGCUGCACCAGGAAGAUGUCCCGAGGAUGUUAACUGGACAUCGUUGGAGAGAGAUAUCGUGAAAGUAAAUCAGAAGUCAAUUUAUACUACCAAAGGUCCUCUACAAACGGCGAUUAAUUUGGAUCAAGCUCAACCUGUUUUUGUUGUCUCUUACCGGAUGUCUCCAUAACAAGACUCCGUGGUGCCGUCAACACAAUGGGGAUCACCAAACUGGCCGAUUUGAUCCGCCGAAAUGCUCCCGAUGCUAUUUCUAGAAAGGACAUCAGUGACUACACGGGAAAAGUAAUCGCACUGGAUACCUCUAUUGUCAUGAACCAGUUCCGUGCUGCGAUACCUUCACUAAACCCUCUGACAGGUCUCUUCUUCCGCACACUCACCUUCCUGGAACAUGAUAUAAAGCCAGUCUUUGUGUUUGACGGGAAGCCUCCAGAGGAAAAGACAGCUGUUCUCGAGAAGCGAGCUGAGGCAGCUGGUUUGAGGUCACCCAACCUCACAGGCGCAGCAUCAGCCCAGACCAGAGAUUGUCUCCAGGUCCUGAAGCUUCUGGGUGUACCUGUCAUCCAGGCUCCAGGGGAUGCUGAGGCGCUGUGCGCCCGGCUGGUGAGAGAGGGGACUGUGGACGCUGUGGCAUCAGAGGACAUGGACACACUGCCAUUUGGAGCCAAUAUUCUCAUUCGCCAGCUAAACGCCAACAGGGACAGUGAGGUUGUGGAAUAUUCUUUAACCAAGCUGUUAGAGACACUCCAAAUUAGUCACGAGGAGUUUGUCGACUUGUGCAUUUUGUUGGGCUGUGACUACUGUGACAAGAUAGCCGGUUUGGGUCCAAAGAGAGCUCUGACAUUGAUCCAGAAGCACCGUACUAUUGAGAACGUGGUUUUGCAUAUCAACAGAAAGACCCAUCCCGUGCCACAUUUCUGGAGGUACAAAGAAGCACAGAAGAUAUUCUUGGAUGCGUCACAAACGGUCGCUCCUGAACUGGCCUGGACUGAGCCAGAUGAAGAAGCCUUGGUUGGGCUCCUCUGUCACGUAAAAUACAUUAAGGAGGACAGGGUCCGUCGUCGAAUGGAGAAGUUCCGCCAGACGCGGGAAAGUAAGCGGGAGGAGAGGGAAAAGGAGAGGGCUGAAGGACGUAGCAAGCAGAGUCGUAUGGAGGACUUCUUUAGAGUUACCAGAAAGAGGGAGCAGCCCGUCGGAGCUGCAGACCCUUUAAGCAGCAACAGAAAGAGACCAAAGUCAAAAUGAGGCCGCCAACAUCUCCCACUCGCUGCCGGAACCAUUCCACCAUCCAAGUUUGAAGAUUUGUAGACACUUUCUAAGCUGUCUGCCUGUCCAGACUUCUCAAACAAUUAACGGACAAUCAUGUGAUCCAGAUCUUGAAUUUCUGCCAUGAGGGUAUUUUCUUUUUUUAAAUCAAUGCUUCAUUCCUGUGUUGAUGAGAACGUCUUCUUCUAACGUAUCUUCUGUAACACAAAUAAUUGACUAAUUUCAACAGUUUCAGAGGCUGCAGCUUUACAUGUUGAAUCAUGGUUUUGUAUUGGAAGAAAACUCUGCUUAUCAAAGGGCAUUCUAGUCACCUCAUAAUUUAGAAGAAGCUAAAACAGGCGUCUUGCAAAACACUGACUUCAAGUCUUUGUCUCUACAUGGGAAUGAUCUGGUCUUAGCAGCAGUGUCUGCAACAAUGUAGUUUACUGAGCAGUUUUUCAGUGUAUCCAGCAGUUUCCUGCAAAGCCACCAAGACAAGCAGAGCAGGCGGUAGACUAUGAAAGAGAACAGUGUGAUCACUGUCAUGGAGUCCUUCCCCCAAGCCAAAACUGGAGACAGGGGACGUCUCAUCACUAGAUAUUCAAUGAGCACCUGUUGUGAAAAGCGUGCCAAGGGAGAGACCAAAGACUUGAAUUUUAAAACGUGCACUAAAGUGGGAUCAAGUUAAAAAGAGAUAGCGAGAUGUAUAAAAAAAACCAUGUGAUAAAAAAGUUUGUAUUUUGAAAAUACAGUAUACUAUAU